AUGGACAACGUCAAGUUCGACGAAGCUACGCAAAAAGAGCUUGCUACGUUCUUAGAACGAGAACAAGCCCAAGCUCGCAUCAACUCCACCGUGCAUAACCUCACAAGCAUGUGUUGGGACAAAUGUGUCACCAGCACUCCAGGGUCUCGCUUCGCCCGUGGAGAGGAGAGUUGUCUCUUGAAUUGUGUGGACCGCUUCAUGGAUACUAGUUUAUUCAUCAUCAAGACUAUAGAGGGACAACGCUCGCAGCAAUCAUGA